AUAAAAAUAUGUUUCAUAUAAUUUUAUGACAAGAGGGUUGACAGAAAACGAAUUCAUUAUAAAUUAUCUUUGGUUAAAAAAAAAAUCUUCAAUUAGCGUAAUCAUCCGAGUCAGAAUUGAGACACUUGAAGAAUUUGACUAUUGAAACCAGCUAGUCAGUAAAAAAUUUGGUCACGAAUGAAAAAUUCAUAUUCCAAUCUGAUUUCCAUUUUUCAGGCUACUUUUUGAAUAUUGUUCCCAUAUUUUUUUAUGUUUCGAACACAUCCCUGGAAUACUUUUUUCCACAAUUAUGUCCCGCGUCAUUACGACGAUCAUAGAUAUAUUGAUCUUACAAUUAGAUACAUUAUGCUACCAUGUUCGGUGUUUUGCUGAUAUUGCGUCUGGUGUAUAACGUUCGCUCCUGUUUGUAAUGGUAUGAAUAGGUUUCUUGAUAAUCGCCCGCGUUGCACUCGGUUUUGUCAGCUCUGUAAAUACUUUUAUAUUUAUGCCUUUAUGUUGUUCUUACUUAUUGUUAGCUAAUUCGAGUCUUCAUCUUAUUAUUCAAGAAGAGUAGGAUGCAAUACUGCCUUACUGAUAUAACUGCAUCAGUGACCAUCGAUGGCUAGUAUUUGAAUUUUUUUUCACCGUCAUUUGAAGUAUCGCAUAUUGCGGAGACGAUUGCAAAGAGUUCUUUUCUAAUAUCUAGCAGUGUACUUUUAUUCGAUUUCGUUCAGCAAAUUCAAAGAGUAAGUCAUAAUUACUAGCCGGAUGGACUGCAAUUUUUUUUAACUGUCCUGAAAAUCGACGUACUGGACCCCUGAAGGUUUCAUUACUGAAUCGAUUGAAUGUCGUAUCAUAAAUUAUUUCCUUUUGAGAUUCGACUUCAUUUUUCUAAAAUCCGAAAAGGAAAUUGACUUUUGACGAUUACAUUCCGAAUCAUUUCAAAAAAAGUUCAACAUUCGCGUUUUUAUCUCCACCAUAGAUAUAUUUCCUCCUCCUUCUCCUCAAAUGGUUCUCUUAGGUCUGCUGAGAAGCGUAAGCUUACUUUGACUUCACAGACGUUUUCUCAACAGUCUCUAUUAUUUUUGGAAACAUCUGAAUAAACUUAUUUGCAUCAAAAUUACGAAAAGUGAAUGACCGAAUCCAGUCUGUUAAUGAACAAUAUCUUACUUCUCAUUGAGAGUUGGAAUCAUCGUGUUUGGUGUAAUAGUCGUCUUGCCUUAUCCCUCUUUAGUUAAGUCUUCUAUGUUGGCCGAUGGCGAUUGAUUCAGACAGCAUCUUGCCGAUGACUGAAAACAUUCAUUAUUCGAUUAGUGUUAGUUAGAUCUGAAUCUUAUUGACUUUGAAAAAGAGGAUUCAAUAUUGUCGCGCGAUGACUUUUCGAGUUAUCAGAUGAUGGAAUCGGGAAUGUCAUAUGUCUAGAGGUUGUUCUGUGUGUAUUGGCUGUUAGAGAUAAUAAGUAAGAUAAAAACGAUCGUAUAUUUCUCAAGUCGUUAAAUUAAUGGUUUUCAAAUCACCCGAUUUCCGAGCUGAUAAGCAUCCUUGGUUAUUGGCUGAAUUUCGCACAGGUAUUAUCAGUAUUUUUACUUACAGUGCCAAUAAAUUACUAUAAAAACGUUGAAUGAUCACGAGUACAAUUAUUCACAAUGAUCUCACGAAACUUUUGCAUGAUUCCAAGAAAACUAAUAGACACAACUAUUUCUCACUAGUUCUAUGUCUUUUUACUGCAGGGGGUCAUCAUCACUUCCCUUGAUGUACCGAUAAAAAUUAUCAUUCGUUCUUAAAAUCGUUCAAUCAAUUGAACUGAAAUCACGGCUAUCGAUACGAUAACAUCAUUUGUAUCGGUGUCAUUCUGUGCAAGCGAUUAGAUUCUUCUUUUACACAAUUAGCUGCACGGAGGUUGUAUUCGUUCAUCGUUUCGAUACGAUAUACGGAAAGCGCAAAGAGCAUCAUGCAGGAGAAAUCGAGAAUCAGGAAUCAAAUAAUUACCGUUAUUGCAGCAACCCUGGCCACAUUGUGCGGAGGAUAUCACACGGGAUGGACGUCACCGUCUCUCGUAAAACUGCAGGCCAUUGACUCGGAUCUUCCCGUAACCGGAGCUCAGGGUUCUUGGAUCGCCAGUAUUUUCUCCAUUGCAUUUUUACCUGGUGUGUUCAUUUCCGGUUUGACAGUCAACAGAUGGGGUCGGAAGACCGCCCUUCUUUUGACAGCCAUCCCCAACUCAAUGUCCUGCAUUCUGAUCGUAGCAGCACAGAAUUAUUGGUGGUUCUAUGUCUCAAGGGUACUAGCUGGCUUAGGUUCCGGGAUGGCGUGCACAGUGAUCCCAAUGUACCUCGGGGAAAUAUCGGAAGAUAGAAUUCGCGGUGCUCUAGGCGUUAUGAUCGAUCUAAUGGACAGUCUUGGAAUUUUAAUCGCUUACUCAGUUGGUCCAUGGGUGAGUCGAGAAGCCCUUGGUUGCGUAGGACUUGCCAUGCCAGUUUUGUUUGCACUGAUCUUCUCCUGGAUGCCGGAAUCUCCGCAUUUUCUGGUGAUGAAAGACAAGCCAGAAGAAGCUGAAAAAAGUCUGAAAUGGCUCCUGAGAAGGUCCAAAGUAGCGUCAGAAGAUAUGGUGAAGAUGACAAAGAACGUAGAAUGUAAUGAAACGAAUUCAAAGGGCACAAUAAAAGAACUUUUAAUGGAAAAAGGAAAUCGCAAGGCCCUUCUGAUCGUCACCGUGCUGAUGACCGCGCAACAAGUGAGUGGAAUUUCAGCGAUACGCGCGUAUACUGGAUUAAUUUUCUCCAGGGCUGGGGCCACCCUGGACGUAGGAAUGGCGCAUAUCAUCACCGGAGCAGUUCAAUUCAUUGGCGGACUAUUAGGCAUGUUCAUUGUAGAUCAUGCUGGACGAAAACCUCUUUUAUUGUCUUCGAUAUCUGGUUGUAUACUAUUUUUAGUGGGAGAGGCUGCAUAUUUUCAAUUAGAGGCCAUGGAAUUCGACAUGAAUUCGAUUUCGUGGUUUUCGGCAGCGAGUAUCGUGGGCUACUUGCUCAGCUAUUCGAUUGGACUUGGAUGUCUUCCCUUCGUAAUACUGUCGGAAUUGUUUUCGUACAAUGUAAAGACAAUCGCUACCAUGUGGGCGAUAGUAGUUAUCUCAAUAAGUGCAAUGGUUGUUACUAAACUUUAUCAGUUAAUUGCCGACACAUAUGGGAUUCAUAUUGCAUUCUGGGGAUUCGCUGGAGCUACACUGCUCACAGGAUUAUUCUUUUACUUUGUUUUACCUGAGACGAAGCAAAGGUCAUUUAACGAGAUACAAAAAGAACUUCGGAGUACGAAGGCGUCCAAGAUGGCGGUGGAGAAGCCACCGUCUGUGUGUUGAAAUCUCAUGGGUCGAUAUUUUCGGUCAAAUCUCUUCACAUAAUGGGUGAUGUAUCCCUACUUCAAAAUUGUCUGGAAUACAAGGCCUUGCUACAUGCCGUCCCUAGAUGUUAUCGAUAUAUUUAACUGUUAACAUGAUAUACCAUAAUUAUCUCUAAGAGUGAUCAUAAUUCAGCUUGAUUGAAGAUUUUUAAACUAUAAUUGAAUCAUGUAAUUAGCUCAGAUGAAAAAAUUAAACUUGAAAAACAUUCAGAAAUCCCAUCACCAGAAUAUCGUUAUUCAUUGAAUUCCUCAGCGAAUUUCUAUGCAACGACACCAUUGAUUGCAUCGGUUAGUGGGUGUAACUAGUUACCGAUUAACAAGUAUGACCCUGGAUUAAACUUAAAUUUUCACUCGAGUUAAAUCUCAGGAAUAUGUUCGGUUUUAUUUUUAUAGGUUUCGAAUUUUUUUAGGUCGAAUUUAGACGUGUGACUGUGUAAUUGAAAUUGCUGUACGAACUUGAAUAAAAUUAUCGAAGAAAAAAAUGAUUGAUUUCUUACGUCAUCUAUUCCUGGAUCCACGAUUAUUUGAUCGAAUUGUUCCGAAAUUUCACAAAAAUUUGAGCUGCACACGAAUUUUGAAUAAUGCAAUUGUCUUUCGACGAGCGAUAAUGGUAGC